GAAGAGCAAACUUUGUUCAUCUAUGAUAGCGUUCUUGUUAUGUCUAACCGGAUGUGCUAGAGAGCGUGUCGGGCAAAGAAUGUAUUCCAUAGACAAACUGUGUACGUUGCUGUAGACCCCUUUCCGGUAAAGUUGUUUUUGUGUAUGAGGCUAAACAGUACUCAUGGCGGAAGUGGAGGUAUUUGAGGAAGAGGUUUUACCAGCUGAAUCUGAGGCUAUGUUGGCUGUAGCACAGCCUGCAGAGUUACCAGAAAUUAAGUUGUUUGGCCGUUGGAGCUGUGAUGAUGUUCAGGUGUCAGAUAUGUCCCUUCAGGACUACAUUGCAGUCAAGGAAAAAAAUGCUAAGUACCUGCCACAUUCUGCAGGCCGAUACGCAGCCAAACGGUUCCGUAAGGCACAGUGUCCCAUUGUUGAACGACUCACAAAUUCAUUGAUGAUGCAUGGUCGCAACAACGGAAAGAAACUUAUGGCUGUCCGUAUUGUGAAACAUGCUUUUGAAAUCAUUCACUUACUGACAGGGGAGAAUCCAUUGCAAGUUUUGGUGACUGCUAUUAUCAACUCUGGUCCUAGAGAAGACUCGACCCGUAUUGGUCGUGCGGGUACUGUCAGGAGACAAGCUGUGGAUGUGUCACCACUAAGGCGCGUUAAUCAGGCUAUCUGGUUGCUGUGCACUGGUGCGCGAGAAGCAGCUUUCAGGAACAUCAAGACAAUUGCUGAAUGUGUGGCAGAUGAGCUCAUCAAUGCUGCUAAGGGUUCAUCAAAUUCAUAUGCAAUCAAGAAGAAGGAUGAGCUGGAACGUGUUGCAAAAUCGAACCGUUAA